AUGGGUAAAAACGAUAAAACUAAAGGAGUAGGUAUUGGUAUCGAUCUUGGUACUACUUAUUCUUGUGUUGGAGUUUUCUAAAAUGAUAGAGUUGAAAUCAUUUGUAAUGAUCAAGGAAACAGAACUACACCUUCUUAUGUUGCUUUCACAGAAACUGAGAGACUUCUUGGUGAUUCAGCAAAAUGCUAAGCUGCAAGAAACCCCACAAAUACAGUCUUUGAUGCUAAAAGAUUAAUUGGAAGAAAGUUUAGUGAUACCUCAGUUCAACAAGAUAUGAAAUAUUGGCCAUUUAAGGUAUAGCCAGGACCUGAUGAUAAACCUUUAAUUGCUGUGCAAUUCAAAAACGAAACUAAAUAAUUUCAUGCUGAGGAGAUAUCAUCUAUGGUUUUAAGUAAGAUGAAAGAUAUUGCUGAAUCAUAUCUUUCAAAACCAGUUAAAAAUGCUGUUAUUACAGUCCCAGCUUACUUUAAUGACCCUUAAAGAUAAGCAACAAAAGAUGCUGGUACUAUUGCAGGAUUGAAUGUACUUCGUAUUAUUAAUGAACCAACUGCUGCUGCCAUGGCUUAUGGUUUAGACUAAAAAUUGCAAGGAGAAAAAAAUAUUCUUGUUUUUGAUUUAGGUGGUGGUACUUUUGAUGUCUCUCUAUUAACAAUAGAUGGUGGUUUCUUUGAAGUAAGAGCAACCGCAGGAGACACUCACCUUGGUGGAGAAGAUUUUGACAACAAAUUAGUUGAAUACUGUUCUAAUGAAUUUAAAAAAAAGACUGGUAUAGAUAUUAGAAGAAAUCCUCGUGCUAUGAGAAGACUAAGGACUUAAUGUGAGAGAGCUAAAAGAAUUCUUUCUUCGAGCGCAAUGGCUUCUAUUGAAGUUGAUGCACUAGCAGAGAAUGAAGAUUUAAAUAUGAUUAUCUCAAGGCCAAAAUUUGAAGAAUUAUGCCUGAGCUUAUUCUAGCAAUGUAUUCCUCCUGUUGAAAAAGUCCUUUAAGAUGCAAAAAUGUCUAAAAGUUAAAUAGAUGAAAUUGUUCUCGUUGGAGGUUCGAGCCGUAUUCCUAAAGUCAUCUAGUUAGUCACAGAAUUUUUUAAUGGUAAAGAACCAAAUAGAUCAAUUAAUCCUGAUGAAGCAGUUGCAUAUGGAGCAGCAGUUUAGGCUGCAAUUCUAACAGAUAAUGGAGGAACUUCUACUGAAGGCUUAAUCCUUCUUGAUAUUACUCCUUUAUCAUUGGGUAUAGAAACAUCAGGUUAAGUCAUGACUACUUUGAUCCCAAGAGGUACAACCAUUCCUACUCAAAAAUCUUAAAUAUUUACAACAUUUGCUGAUAACUAGAGGGCUGUUUCAAUUUAAGUCUUCUAAGGUGAAAGAUAGUUCACAAAAGAUAAUCACUUGCUUGGUAAAUUUAAUUUAGAAGGAAUCUCUCCAGCACCUAGAGGUAUUCCUAAGAUAGAAGUAGCUUUUGAUAUUGAUAAUAAUGGUAUCUUAAAUGUGAGUGCUAAAGACCUUGCAACAAAUAUUGUUGAAAAAAUAAUCGUGACAAACUAGCAAACAAGAUUUUCAGAUAGUGAAAUCUAGAACUUAAUUAAAGAGUCUGAAAAGUAUAAAGCUGAAGAUGAAGCUAUUAAGAAGAAGCUAGAUGCUAAAAACAAUCUUGAAAGCUAUGUAUUUUCAAUUCGAAAUACCUUGAAUGAUUAAAAACUAAAAGACAAGAUCAAUAAAGAAGAAAGAUAAAACCUUGAAUAAUUGAUCGACUAAACAUUUUAAUGGAUAGAAUCAAACUAAAAUGUAGAAGCAGAAUUUUACAAGCAAAAACAGACAAAUCUUGAAGAAUCUUUUAACCCGAUAAUGAUGAGAAUUUAUGGACAAAAUGGAUAAAGUGCUCCUUAUAAUUCUGGUAAAGAGCCCUCAUCUACUUUCUCUGCAGAUGAAGUUGAUUGA